AUGGUUGCAACCAUCUCUGGUCCCGUCGUUGCCUCGGCGGUGCCGUCAAUCAGCACGCCGGAGUGGAAGCGAUGGGGAUGCGAGGUGGAUGCGGACGGACAGCGAGUGGCAAGCCCGGGUUCCUUACCGUCUCGACACCCAGGUGCGCUACCCUGUCCCACAGCGAUUCAGAAUUUGUUGUCAGGCGCCUCGCGCCGCAAGGCCUUGGCAGCCCAUGGCAGCGCGAGUGGAUCGGCAUUGUCGAGCCAGUCGGCAUCGCCGUGGGCUUCGGUGCCGGUCACGCCGGCUUCGACACCAGCGACAUCGGAUACGGAGACCGACUACUUUGCGGCUGGGCGUCGGUCCCGCGGUGGAGCAAGCGAGAAGAAGAGAUCGUCGUGGCUCGGAUCGAUGCCGGCAUCGUACUGGACGUCACAGCGCGUUCCUUGCUUUGAAGGCUCGUCGCCUCCCACCAAGACCUAUUCGGUGCGCAACCGCCAGGCGAAUUCUCGUGCUGGCUCCUUCUCGUCGUCCUCGAGCGUUUCGGAUCGGCUGCAUACUUUGGCAGGCGGAGAGAGCAGCAGAGCGAGCGACUCGAGCGUCGAACGCAGCGCAAUGGCCCUUGUGCCCAACGCGCAAUUCCUCGGCCUGAUGCUGUUGAUGAUCCUGCUCAUCUCGUCUCCACUCAUCAAGGUGCUUUCGGUGCUUCUAUUUGCCGUCAUUCUCGUUCUCGACGAUGCUUGA